UUGUGUGAUUUUGUGUCUGUGUACAGAUAUUAGCAAAUAUAAAAAUUAGCACAACAAGAGCGAAAAGGAAAAACACACACACGUACGCACCCCGUCACGCGGAUAAACCUUUCCACAAAACGCUGCAAAAGAGAAGAAUAAGGAGCCAACCAUGUCCGCCGCCGACGUCGAGACGCAGUCGCAGCAGGAGACGACAAACGGCAGCAGCAAAUUCGAUGUUCCCGAGAUAGAACUGAUCAUCAAGGCCUCCACCAUCGAUGGACGCCGCAAGGGUGCCUGCCUGUUCUGUCAGGAGUACUUCAUGGACCUUUAUCUGCUGGCCGAGCUAAAGACAAUCAGCCUGAAGGUGACCACAGUGGACAUGCAGAAGCCGCCGCCAGAUUUCCGCACCAAUUUCGAGGCGACGCAUCCGCCCAUCCUGAUUGACAACGGCCUAGCCAUACUGGAGAACGAGAAGAUCGAGCGUCACAUUAUGAAGAAUAUACCCGGCGGCUACAAUCUGUUCGUGCAGGACAAGGAGGUGGCCACUCUGAUCGAGAACCUGUAUGUGAAGUUGAAGCUGAUGCUGGUGAAGAAGGACGAUGCCAAGAACAAUGCCCUCUUGUCGCACCUCAAGAAGAUCAACGACCAUUUGGCCAAUCGCAAUACACGCUUCCUUACGGGCGACACCAUGUGCUGCUUCGACUGUGAGCUGAUGCCCCGUCUCCAGCACAUCCGUGUGGCUGGCAAAUACUUUGUGGACUUUGAGAUACCAACGCACUUGACAGCGCUGUGGCGUUACAUGUACCACAUGUAUCAGCUGGAUGCCUUUACACAAUCGUGCCCGGCCGACCAGGACAUUAUCAAUCACUAUAAGCUGCAACAGAGUCUCAAAAUGAAGAAGCACGAGGAGCUGGAGACGCCCACGUUUACCACAUCCAUUCCAAUUGAUAUAUCGGAGUAAAUUUCCUAUAAAAAGCAGCACACGCAGCGCAGCGCAGCAGCAGUAGCAGUAGCAGCCCCCAAAUAUACAUCAUAUGUAUACAAAACAAAUAAUUCAUAUUUUUGACAACUUUACAACUAAACCCCCGAUGUGCAACCGUGCACCCGAAUGUAGCGACAACCAGGACUUAUAAAUUAUUGUAUACUACAACCAUGAUAUACAUACUAUCCACGCAUAUACUAUACUAUACAUACAUAUAUAUACAACACACCUAUACACCAAUACUCGUGUAUAGAGAGUAAAUAGCAAAAGCAUAACAAGUGUUCUUUAGCAGCCGCGUUGCCUUUCUUCAGCUAUGCUUGAUUCAAACACCACCCAGCCGUCUGCGGCGGUGUAUUUUUGUUUAAUUAAUUAAUGAACUCCAUAUUUGUGUUUGACAUGCAAAUAUCCAUACAUAUACAUAUAUUAUACGAUAGCUCGAUACGCAAUUAAUGGCUUAUCCAAUGGCAUUGUAUAGGCCACAACCACUACCACCCCCACCCGGUCUUGGCCCAUAUAUUUACAAAUAUUUUUUUUAUUAUUUGAUUUUACUUUAAACUUUGUAUUCAGCAAGGAGCUUUUCAAUUUUAAUUUUUUUUUGUGUGUGUAAUGGAAAAAAAAAUGUGCAUUUUUUUCCGCCUAAAUUAUGAUUUUUUGAUUAUUAUUUUUUUGUUUGUUUCUUGCUCCCUGGCGCCCGUUGCCAUUUUGUUCGCUUUUAACUUGUAUUUUAAUAUUUUAUAACAUAAAAAAAAAACAAAAGGCAAAUGAAAAGAGGAAAUGAAGAGUAUUUUUUGUAUUUAAGAGAAAAU